CUCAGAACGAAGGGCGAGAUUUCGGAUUCAACGCAUUGGGUUUCGCAAUGUCUGGACGAUAUCGUGGAAGUCAAGUUCCAUCCUCUCCAAGAAAGAACAAGAAUCGGACACAUGGGUAUCGUCUGGUUAUAUGUUCUGGAUAAAUUCGAAUCUGUGGAGCUGCACGUGUCGCGAAAAUAGUGGCGUUUAAUAUAAAAGCAGGCCUCGCCCCGCCUUAUCCAAACCACUAUGUCAGCGAGGAGGGGGAAACUAAUGGCACACUACUCGCACUACUCUAUAGUUAAACUCACCAGAGUCGGCCUGUCGUCAGCUUGACUCCCAUGGCAAGACUGUGGGGAAAAGGGCCCGGGCGGCGACGAAUGACUACAGGGCGGUGUCGUCUUCAUAGCAUCCUCACCCAAGGAUACCACCAGACCACGGUUCAACAGACUUGGCCUCACCAGUACCAGUAGUCCACUGGCAGUAACUGACAUACGGAGGUACUCCACCAUUUUAGUUGCGGGAAGAGUCAAGCUCGGGUCCACCGGCUGCUACUGGCUGCUUACUGCGCUGCACAAUAGUCGCGUAAUAACGGGCCGCAUAGAAGGAAGCUUGCGAAGAAUUCCAUGGCCGGGCGCUAAAACCCCUUAAAGCGUGGUAAUUGUGCACACGCCUCUUGCACAUAAGUACCGAUCGAUGCCGAUCCUUGCGGGGUAGUGAAGGGAUUGUGAAGGGGUGACGGGCAUGCGGACCGUCCGGAUAAUUUGACCACGGGGACCCAGCAAUUGUCCUACUACUCUCCUGCGGAGAGGAGCACCAGCCAUCCUCUUUCUAGUCAUCCUUUUGCCACUCAAUUACUGGUCCUGUUACGAGCACCGGCCAUCCUACUAUCGGCCGCCCUGCCUCUUAUCAGCACUGUCAGCGCGCACUGUCCAAUUCUCACAGGGUAACAUGUGCCUUUGCCAGGAAGAAACUUCUUCCAUCUCCCAUGAAGCCCCAGAAUGCCCACACUCCUAGCCAUGACGAAUCUAUCAAGGUCACUAAGCCACACCUUCGCCGUCUUCCUCUUUGCUCUCAUUUUCUCCUGUGCUGAUGCAGCGACGUCGAAUUUAUUUGGACCUUCCACGGCGAUAACAUCGCGGUAUUGGGACUGCUGCAAACCGUCCUGCGGCUGGGCCGACAAAGCAGGCUUCGUCGACAAGUCUCCAGUCCAGUCAUGCGAUAUCAAUCAGAAUCCGCUGCUAGAUAAUUCCCAAGGGACAGGCUGCAAUGGCGGUCAUGCUUUCGGAUGUCCGACGAACGCGCCUUGGGCCGUCAAUGACACGUUCUCCUACGGUUUCGUGGGCACUUUCCUCGUUGGCGGCGAUGAGUCCAGCUGGUGCUGCAGUUGCUACCAAUUGAACUUUACCAGCGGGGCAGUCAAGGGCAAGUCGAUGAUUGUGCAAGCCUCCAACACGAAUUACGACUCCCCGAAUGCGAAUGUCUUUACUCUCGGUAUACCUGGCGGGAACACGAGCUACGCUGGCGCAUGCGGUAUUGAAUAUAGCGUCUCAGAUUCUGUGUUUGGUACGAAAAAUGUGGGCUUAUUAAAUCGCGCUGACUGCGACAACCUUCCCGCGGCACUAAAGCCUGGCUGUCAGUGGCGGUUCGACUGGUUCAACGAUGCCGAGGGGCCAAAUGUCGAGUAUAAACGGGUGACAUGCCCGAAAGUCCUCACAGAUAUCACUAAAUGCAAACGGGAAGAUGACGACAAAGUCGAAGCGGAUGCGAUCAAGGCCAACUCACCAUCUGCAGCUUCGACAUUGCCGUCUAUGGUUCCUACAGCUAUCUCUGCGCUACUUAUGUGGUGUAUGCUACAAACGCUCGGCUGAUGGAAUGGAACUCUCUGUCUUAAUAUCUCAGGCUGACAGACCUGGCUUAUAACUUUACUCAUGGUGUGGGUUCAGUUCUUGUAGAAAAAGUGUCUCGGAGAAUCAUAGGACAGGGCAUUGUACUUGACUGCGGAAGCCGUCAAGGUCUUGUGGGCUCUCUAGGCUGUGGGUUGCACUACACGUUGGAUGCAGGACGUCGACACCAAAAGGCCUAUGCGCCGUUAUGGAUAGGAUUAAUUCAAAGCCCUUUUACAACGAGGUUCAGUA